AUGUAUAUUAUCUAUUCAUAUUACUCACCUUUAGCAUUUUUCCUAGUAAACUUGUUUUUUUGUAAAUGCCUUCAUUUAAAUAAUAUCUUCGGCCAUUCAAAUAAAUUUAAAGAUCGAAAUUUUAAUCUUCUUUUCUUAAAUCGCACAAAAGAUUUAUCUCAAAUUUGUAAUGUAAUCGAAUUUCAAAAGUGUACACUGCCUUCUGAACAAAAAAAACUAGUUUCAGGACUUAAUUUGUUUGAUAAUGAUCCAGAAAACAUUGAUGAUGCAGUGACUAGGAUUUUAUAUGGCCUGAAUGACCCACAAGAGAUUGGCAGGACCUAUAUAAACUCUGAAGGUAAGAUAAUAAAUAAGAAAAAGCAUCUUUACUCAAUCGGAGAGUUGUGUCAUGUCGAUGACUUCUUUGAGGGCAAAUUUCGAGUAGAAUGGACGGUUCGUGGUGUUAAAGAGAAACUACAAUACCGAUAUAGAGAUUCUCACACACUACCGCUCACAACUAGCAGAUUUAGUUUAGCUGGAAUAAAGGGGUUUGUCCUUAGACUGUGGCUAGAUGGUCAUAAAGGGUCCAAAAAAGGGUUUGUCAUUUUCAAAUUAAUUUAUUUUAGGCACAUAGCCAUGAGCCUGGUCCAACAGGAGCACUGGUCCACUUUGGACUCUCCAAUUUGUUUAUUUGCUGGGAAAAUAGUCAAAGGACCUUUUUUCUAUAGAUCCCCUGAAUACAUCCAGACCUUUCAGUGUUCGAAAUCUUUCUGCCCACUUGAGGACGUUGUUGAAAACAACACAAUCAAGUUGGGGGUAAUGAUCGCAAAGCGUGAGAAUAACUCUAGGUCUUCUUAA